GUGACGCAGAUCACCACAGUUUUGAAUAAGUUGACAGAAAAGAUGGGUGUGGAGUCUCUGGUGGCUGUGGGGAAGCCGCCCAAGAAGCGCACGCCCAAGAAUGCCCAAGUACCGCCAACGCUUCAGAAGAUUCGGGAAUAUCUGAAGUACAUGCGGGUCAAUCGUCUCAAGGUCACAGAGGAGCAAGUGCAGGAGAAGCUGCGCGGCCUCCUCUCGAGAACCACGGCAGCCUCGACGUGGUUGAAUGGGGGACCUGCUGCCGAGAAGGUGCAGGAUACGAAGCUGGUCGUACACUCUCAGCCGUGGGGAGCGGCUAAGAUCGUCAAGGCCGCGAAUAUCAGGACGACGACGCUGGAGGGCCCUGCAGUCAUCGCGUGCCAGUCGCCCACAGAGUACGAGCAGGCCACGCAGUGGCUCGGCUCCAUCAAAGGGCUACCCACGGGCUUGAAGGACGAUGAGGUCUCAACCGCACCCCCCUUGGCCACGGCGGCACUACGACUCACGAUUGCGGAGGCGUUCGCCGACGAUGCUACGUAUGCGACGGUCAAGGAGAAACCAGUGGCGAUGGCGACGGUACUAUUUCCUCAAGUGCUGGCAGCCAAGAUUUUGAAGGUCAAGGGAGCAGUCAACUAUCAGACGGAGUCGACUGCGAUUAUUCUUGUGCGAGAGAAUGACACAGAGGCAUUCUUGAAGUGGGCCGCCCCGCCAGGGGUAUUUUUGAAUAGACAAUCCAGUAAGCUGGUGCCAGUGUGGCACAAACUACGCGAGGGCGAGAACAUGAUGACGUACUUCACCAGGGUGACUGCUGCAGCCGCCCAGGUCGAGGGCCGCUUGGUGUACCGCCCGUCGGACAACGCAUCCUUAGGAAUCUUAUCGCAGAAGCCCAUGGCAGCGGAUAUCCAACCUCGAUGGUACUUGCAGAAGUGCCCUGAGCACUGGUCAUCAUCCCAGGAGGUCGAGGAGUGGGCCAAA